UGUGAAUGAUCGGUUUCGAGGAAACUCUCUCGGCUUCGAAAGAAUUUCGUUUGGAAAGUGUCAAUAGUCUUUCAAGACGAUCGCACCAAUGCGUGAAUACGUCAGAUGGCGAUUACUAAAUGGAAAUUGUUCUUUACAUAUUCAUCAAAGAAUUUUGAGUAAACCGUGGUCGAAAUUAAGUCGCUCGAUAACACUAGCUAUGAACGAGACAUGAACAGCUCUCAAAAUGGACUUCUUCGAUGGAUCUCUACAAACAAGUCGUACAUCGGGUACAACCAUCCAGUUGGUGUUUUAAUGUUGUCUGUACUUGGAUUGGUUGUCUGGAUUCUUGGUUACAGGCUCAUCAAGCCCAUCGUUAUUGUGGCUGCAUUUGUGUUUGCUGGUGUUGGAUUUUACUCCUUAAGUCCGGAUGUGUUUAGUUCAGAAUUUUGCUGUGAUGGAAACCACAACAGAGAAGUUCGUAUCUCCAUUAGCAUUAUCUGUGGGCUUCUAGCUGGAGCACUGGCCUGUUAUGUUUACAAGAUUGGCGUAUUCUGUAUGGGUUGUAUUGUUGGAUGGGCAGUAUCUAUAGUAGUGGUCACUUUCUGGUUUUCCAAAGACUUGACAAGUGACUUGGCUUUCUACAGUAUUUAUGGUGCUACUGGUCUGGUAUUUGGAAUCCUUGCUGUAUGGCUCGAGAAAGUGUUUAUCAUUUUUGCCACAUCUCUCAUUGGAUCUCUAAUGUUUCUUCUUGGUUUGGAUCAUUACUGUAGAACAGCAUUCACUGUUGUAAUUGAACAAAUCCUAUUCAAGACAAAGGAUGCCUUGAGCCAGGCAGCAAACCAUCCUGGUCAUGUAACGUUGGAAUUCCAUGAAGCCCACGAGACAUUUACUCAAAAAGUGUUAGCGAUGUUUCUGGGCUGGCUGUUGAUGUCGGCGGUCGGCGCUAUGUUACAGUUCAUGUACACUGCACAAGAAAUCGACACAAAGUUGUUCAUUAAAAGCUGCGGCUGUGGCUGUACCAGUGAUGGUGCGGAGCCUGGUGACAAAGGUGUCCGCUACGUGGUCCUUCCUCCACCCAAAUUGAGGGCAUUGCUCCUUCAUCAGAACGAUACUACACCGUUGAUGAAAGACUCCUGGGAUGACAUCACUCACGUUGAGUUAGAUAGCAGAGGAUUAGGAACAAGCCAACGUUGGCGGCGUUAGAUAUACUUUGAUUCCGGACUCUGACAUUUAGAGAGAUUUUGCGUCGCAUUUACGUGAAACGUGAACGGCAAGAGUGAACACAUCACUUAACCCUCCAGAAUUUCAUUUUUCCCGCCGUUUUUUUCACUUUUCCCGCCUUUUUUUCACGUUUUCUGGUUGUUCUUUGCCGUUUCUACGUGAAAGUAGCCUGUUGCACGUUUGCUGUGUAAGAUAUUCUUCAUGUUUUCUCUUAAAGAGUAGUAGUUGCCGGAAAAAGGGCACCAAAGCUAUUUCUUGUAAGUCAUACGAGGGCGCCUUCAAAUUCACCAUGACGUGAGCUCACGCGAAGCUAAAGCAGCAAGGUUCACGCUAUUUUACGUGAAACGUGAAAGGGCAUGCUGGCGUUUGCCGUUUCACAUAAACGCGUUGCUAAGUCUCUAUUAAUGUUUACCAGUCAAGGUGUCGCGCUACUGGCGGGAAGAAACGUCGCCAAGUCAAUAUUUCGUGAACACAGAGGUCAAACGUCUGUACAUGUGUGAACGUUGUAAUAACUUAUAUGACUAGGUAGCGUGCUCUUAGGUUCUCAGUACCAAGUUUUCUCACGAAUUACAAACAACCCCACAAGCUGGUGUUUUAGAAGCAGGUAACUUUUUUGGUAAAACUCAAAAACAGAAUGAUAAAUCAACAGGGUACCUGUACUUCGAUAAGCUUGUGUUCUAGAAGUCCGAGUUUUCCUUUUGCCUUGUAUUGAUUCCUUUUACACAUUUCUUUGAGUAUUUCAAUUUUCUUUUGCUCAUUUUGCGAGACAGCUGUUGCUUCCUAACUUUCCCUUUGAAAUUUUGCGCGGGUAAUUGGCACGCGGGCGACCAAAUUAAUCCCCUCGCGCAUGCCCUACGUUUGACUCUUGUGUUCACUGCGUGACUUCUACCUCUGUUUUUGUACUGUGAUUUUCAUCAAUACUGUGAUCUAUUGUAAAAGCAGGUGUCUCUUGGUUGUCACGCUACCGGGGGAAGAAAUGUCGCCUUACGCAGCAUUGGAUAAUUUUGUAGGUGAUAAGGGGAAGUCUUGAGAUGAUUUAUCAACGCGAUAGUGACUGCUACGGUCUCUGCCGGUCGUGAAAUUUAUGUUAGUUUUUUAGAUUUUUGAAUUUAUAUUGUUAAUUGAUUAAUAAUCGUUGAUUAGAUUAGUGUCCCCAAUCAGCUUGUGCUUUUACAGCUAAAUACAUUUGACACUUAAGUAAAGUUUUUAUUAUUAUUUGUUAUUACCAGAUGAGAAUUUUUCGGUGGGGGAAUUUUACUUGCUUCAUUAAACUUGGACCAUUA